GUGUGCACUGUGGAACUCCUGGGGGCCGGGCCGGGUUGUUGUCGUCACAUUGUUGAAGGAAUGCAGAGAGAAGAAGGGGGAGAGUGUGGCCCCUGGAACCAGAUGGAACUUUAACCAAUAACACGUUGGAGAUAUUUCACCGUCCUGUCUCAAAGAUGGAGGAUAAAAGUCAUAAUGACACCAGUCCACGUGAAGAUGGUCUUAGUAAAAAGCUAAGUGUGAGGAAAGGGCGGUCUGCUGGAAGGACAUCUUACAGGUCUGUAUCUACUGGAGGAGAGACCACCACGACUGUAUCGAAAGACCAGACAAAAACCUCAAAUCCUGACUCUUGUGAGCAGGAAAAGUUAGAUGGCCAUGACAGACUUGCAGCAACAGAAGGAAACAUUCAGGUGAAAGAGGAACAAACAUCCUCUGGGGAAGAAGACACAUCUUCUUGGGAAGGAGAUCUGAGGAACAUUGAGACUGGUGUGGAUAAAGAUUCUGCAGUUAACCAGCUUAAACGGGGGCGGGACAUGUCAAAGUGUAAUAUAGGCCGAUCCAAAGAGAUCUCUGAGGACCUCAGGAAACAAGUUGUUGAAGCUCAUAAAAGUGGAAAGGGUUACAAGAGGAUUGCCAAAGACUUGGACUUGCAUCGGUCCACAGUCAGGCAGAUUGUUUACAAAUGGAAAAAAUUCAGCACCGUCACCACUCUCCCUAGGAGCGGGCGUCCUACAAAGAUUAGUGCAAGGGCGCGCCGUACAAUCCUCAAACAUAUGACGGAGAAUCCUAGGGUGACAGCGAAGGAUCUGAAGGCAUCUCUGGCACUUGAUAAUAUCAACGUACAUGAGUCUACCAUACGGAAAACACUGAACAAGUGGUGUUCGUGGGACUUUACCGUGGAGGAGGCCACUGCUCUCCAACAAGAAUAAUUUGGGUCUGUCUCAUGUUUUCUGAAGACCAUGUGGGUCAGAGCACUAAUGGAAUCAUUUUUUUUUAAU